UAUCAAAACCAGAAGAAGAAAACGAAGAGAAGCGUAAGAGCAGCAGUAGUAGCAAAAGGAAGGAAAAUUAUAUUGCCCUAGACGUAUCUUGGUGCGAUUCACCGUUGUCGUCGUCGUUUUUCCAUUGUGUAGUGGGAAUUAUUUUUGCAGAAUUCGGAACUAGCUAGUGGAUUAAUCUGAGAUAAGCUAUUCCGACUCGAUUGGCUGUAUCGUGGUUUUCAGUGCGUGUGUGCAGCCGAGUGUUUUCCCGUUUUUUUUUUCUACCAUCUUCCUCUUUCUCUUCGGUGUAUGAUGGUGGCGCAGGAAGUGUAAAUCUUUGCCAUCAGCAGCAAAAGAAAAAGCGCCGCGGAUUGCAUGAUAUUUUUUGCAAAUUUUUUGCUAAUGUAGUCGCGAAAAAGGUACUUUAGUGAGUAAAAAUCCGUGUGAAGUGUGCUGCUGAAUGAAGAGAAGGCAACUCCUUGAACGGGAGUUUGUGUGAAAAUUUUCUUUUUCUCUGCUGUCGAGCAUUGGUCGAAGCAGCAGUAGUAUCGGUUGGAGGAGGAACGAGCAGAAAUUUUCUGACUGACAGUAGAGAAAGACUGCAAGAAAAAGAGUUUGCGGAGCACCCCUUAGAAAAACAAGAAGAGUCAGCCAGCAAGGCAGAACAAAAAGAAAACGGACAAAAACGACGAUCUCUUGAGGACGGAUUGGGAUAAAGAGUAAAAAGAGGAUUUUAUAGCUUUCGUUUUCCACUGGUUUCGGUCGAUCGUUGCACUAUUCGAUUACCUUAUGAAUAGUAGAGUUUGUCGGGCCAAUUCUGCCGAUUGACGUUUGUUUCUGUGAAAAUACAGAAAAUUCUAAAACUAAAGCAGGAUCCACAUAGCAAUCAAGUGAAUUGCACCCAAACAUCAUAUUGGUAAGGCCUGCACUCGAAUGUUUUUACGUAGAUUACUCGUCCUUAUGCGGGAAGAAAUAGCAAAUGCAAAUACAGCCAGGAGCCGCUGAGCUAAAAAUUUGACAGCGGUAGAGCCUACCAGAUCCAGCAUUGGCACCCUUGGACAACAGUUCCGACCAGCGACAAUAGCAAUCACAACAGAAAAAAGCCCCUCUGGCCCGGUUGUCAUCAAAUGUGCUGCUGGAAAUGAUUAAUACAAAGGACGAAGUCGUAAACUGGUUCAAUAAGUUAAAGAGCUACAACCGGAUAGAUACGAUGUGCACCUUGCUCAACAUGUGCCUUCCAUUCGAGCUACGCUUUCUAGGAACGUGUCUGGAGGAACUAGGCAGACGUGAUGCUCAGGAGCUCCGCGGCAUCGAGCUGCGGGUAAACAAUCCUUUGGAAUUUAUUUCGGAUAUCGCUUCCUGCCAAAGCGGAGAACCCACGGAUCGGAAGAAUCGGCGCAAAAUGGCCCUUUUCCUAGCGUUGAUUAGGGCCUGUAAUCACACCUGCGUGAACGAAUUGUUUAAAACGCUCGAAGGCUGGGGGACCCGGGAUUUCGCUCGACUUUUCGACGAAGAUGUGCUGCAGGAACUACUGCUGGUAUAUACGAUGGCAACAAAUCAUCCGGUGUUCUCGUUUGAACAACGCAUGAAAUGUGGCGACAUUUUCAACAAGCUUAAAACUUGUGAACUGAAACCGUCGAGUCAACACGAACCGGACAGUAUGGCAAACUCGACGCCUCCUCCGAGUGCAGGAACGCCAUUGGGUCUGCCUCCGUCACAUCAGCAGCAGCAGCAACAACCACAACAUCAUCCGGUUACGCCUCAGCAGCAACAGAUGCAAAUGCAAAUCCCAAUGUCGAAUCAGCAGACUGGUCCUUUGGCACCGCCGCAGCAAACGUCGAUGCCGAUCCCGGGUUUCCCGCAGCCUGCUCUAGCACAGAUGAUCCCUGGUGAUGGCAGCAUGCCGGCGCAUAUGACAGUCGAAGGCCUCCAGCAGAUGCAGAUGCAGAUACCUCAGGACUUUACGAUGCCACCACCAUCGACCGUGCCGCCUCACUGGACGCUUCGCAACCCUUUGUUCCAGACUUCUUUUCCACCUCCAUCAUCGUCGCCACAUUUGAGCAAUCCAUCGUCGCCAAUCCAUAGUCGCACGGCGAGUCCGACGAGGAUUCCUGCCAGCAGUGUGCAGCAUCGAAUCAGUCGAAAUCAACAGCCAACCCCAGUCGAGCAACAGCAAACGCAACGGCAGCAUCAGCAGCAGCAGCAUCAUCACCAGCAGGACCAUCGAGAUCGCGAGCAGCAGUCUUUAAAAUCAGUUGAUGAGUCGGUACUGUUAGGGGUGGAUCAAUCUAUGGCAUUGACUCAGCUUCAGCAACUGCGCAACGGUUAUCGGCCCAGCCACAAUACGCUGCCACGACAGUCCAAUAAGCAGAGUUAUGUCAAUCAGAUCCAGUACCAUCACCAACAGCAACAGCAGGCUCAUCAGCAACAGCAGCAACAACAACAACAACAGCAGCAGCAUCAGCAUCAACAAUCCAGCUUUCACAGUUCAAGCACUGGCCUGGGAUUGUCUUAUACGUUGAAUAAUAUAAGUCUGAUUGACUUGACACAAAAGUCUAGCAGUGAUUCUGGUAGUUCGACUGGGGAAAUUUCUCCUCCGGAGACUCCUGGCUUGCAUGUGGGACCUUCGAACAAUAUAAGUGGACUGGUUCGAAGCAGAUCGUCGAAUAUGGGCAGGAUCAAUGGGCGUCCGGACAAGCAGCAACAAUUAGGUAGUACUGUGAUAUAUACUCAAACAACAGCGCAGCAGCAGGCUUCUGUUCAGUCCCAGCAGCAGCAGUUCGUCGGCGGUAGUAACGAUAUAAUGGUAACAUCCGCUACACAAAAUUUAAUUAGUAAUAGUAAUAAUAAUAACAAUACUAUGAAUAAUAGCAAUGGAAAUAACAAUAGCGUUGUGUCAAACGCUUUAUUAAUAGGAGCCCCGACGCCAACGGUAGGCGGCACGAACUUAGUUCUGAGCUCGCAGCCACAGUUUACUGCUCCCUAUCCACCAUAUCAUACGGCGCAUUUGGCUGCGACACGACCUGCCCUCAUUUCGGCCCACACUGCGACAGCUCUCCCGCCGGGCACUGCAUUCCGACCUCCAGUGUAUCCUGCGAUGCAGCACAACGGAGAGAUUCUUUAUCCGUAUACGGCCCAGGUUGCAACUGUUGGUGGAGGCGCUACCAUAACCUUUCUGCCUCCCUCUGUCGCAGCGCCGGUAGCUGCUAGUACACAGACUCUUCAAACAAUCCGGUCAGUUGUCUCAUCCCAGCAACCACCCCAACAACAACAACAACAGAUCCAGUCGCCACACACGCAACCUCCGCUAUUACAUCAGAAGGUGCCUACAGCCUAUACGCCACCAGCAGUCGUUGGCGCAGCACCUUCUCAGCACCCUCCAAGUGCUACCACUCCAACGGGGAUGUACUCGUCUAUGUCCUGCUUCAAUUGCGGUUCCCAGAAGCACACCGGAUUGGACUGUCAAGAAGCUUCCAUGGAAGAUGUGACGCGGAAUUCUGUAUACAAGUUGGAUUACAAUGCCGCAAUUGCGGCCGCAGCAGCAGCGGCCGCCGCAGCCGCCGCUGCCGCAGCUUCGGUGUCAGGGUCACCCCAACCAAACAGUGUUACGCAAGUUGCCUCAGUAACCGCACCAUCGUCAUCAUCACCGCCUACGUCCGCUCUAGUGUCGUCUCUGCCAUCUGCAGUGUUGUCUUCUGGCGUUUCGCCGGCGUCGUCGUCCUCGUCGUCUUCGUCAUCUUCUUCGUCAUCGUCUUCAUCCUCUUCUUCGCUAGCGUCCUCCUCGGUUGCGUCUUCAACGACGGCACUGCCGCUACCGCCGCCACCACACCAACAGCAACUGCAUGGAGCCAAUCUUAUUAGCAGUAGUAGUAGUAACAAUAGCUCGCUAGAUGCCCCCACAUCUGUAUCAACACAAACAAUAAUUAAUCAAACGGAUAGCAGUAGUAGUAGUACUAUCAGUAAGUGAUUAUCAAUCUAAACUAAACUUCAAAAAAAAGAAAGAAAAAAAACACAUAUUCUAUAAGAAGAAAAAAUAAUUUAAUGGUAACUAGUGAGUAUACUCUCCAAAAAAGGAUAAAAAUCUAAACAGUUGUAGGAAACAAAAUCACCCAAAAAAAUUCUGAGUUAAUCAGAACUAAUUGCGUGGAACAGUGAACACAAAAUUAGCAAAAAGAAACGAUUUUUAUUGCUACGGUUAUUAUCCAAAUGAACAUAGUGAAGAAAAUGGGUUUAAGAGAGAAAAAGAGUUAGACCAAAUGUUGGCUUUGAAAGCGUGCUCCUACCGAGGUUUGAAAAGGAUCGGGUUUAAUUGGUUGGCAACGAUUUGAUUCCCGAAAUAGUAACUUUCUCUAUUGUUGUCAAGUGCCAUUUUAUUGUAAUUUUUAAACUAGACACGCGACUGUGAACGAAAACAAAACAAAUUCAUAGUGAUAAUGAACAUUAAAACUAAAUAUCCUACAACUAAAGAAAAAACUGAAAAAACAGGCGCGCGAUAUUUUUUGAAGCAAAGCUUUCUAACAAGGUAAGGGAGACAACCAAAAGAGCAACGAAGUAGGAGCACGGCAAACGAGAGGAAUCUUAUUGACUAAGAUCAAGCAUCAACUAAACACGGUCUUAAGGUGUUUUUGUGUUCGCCUAGAACAAACCCAAUCACUCAGAAUAUUUAUUUUGCUUUAUAUUUUCUUUUUAUUUUAUAGUUUGCCAAUAAUGCUAUCGCUUCGAGUAGUUUUUUUGUUCCGUAUAGUUUUCAGUUUUUAGGAUAACUACUUAUCAUUAUUACGCUAUAAGGACUCUGCUCUGCGGGCAGGUAAAAAAAGAUUGUAGGAGAUCAAGUUCAACAGUAAUCGAAACAUACUUUUAAAUGUUUAUUUAAAAAUAGUUAUGAUUUAAUGUAAUACAGUGUAAAUGUACUUGUUGAUACGGUUAAGCAUUUGUUUUCGUUUCAUUUGGUUCGAUUGUGUCCUUUCUUUCGCGAUCUGAAUUCAGUGGCCCUGUUUGACGAAUAAUCGUUAUGCGCAGCUAGAGCUCGAUCUUUCUUUUCUCAGCGUAGCCUCAAAAUUAGUAAAUUUUAGUAGUACUUAAGGUUGAACCGAAAAUUGAAAACGAAAAACGCCGUUUGCUUUAGUUUUCAUUUAGAUUUAACAAAGAGUAUGGAAAAAACUCUUAUUUUUGGGUUUUCAACCAACUCCGUUGA